CGCCCCGUGUCCUAUCGAUUGUGAAAUCUGAAUGCAGCAGACGACUGUUCCUGGGUAGAAGUAGAUAAUAAACGUCGCCGCGUAACGGUUCAAAGUUCAUCCCUUUGUCAACAAUCUGCCCCCACUUUUAUCUCCAGACCUGACUGACCAGCAAAAAGAAAAAUGGAUAUAAAACAGGAGGAGAUCAUAUUACGCUUGAAAAACCUAUUCCUUAUUCCAUUUUACGUGCUGAGUGCUGUGUACUUUGUACUAUAUCAACCAUUCUUGCACUAUCCCGAGGAGACCUUUUCCGCCGCUUUCUUCAAAGUUCUUCCGAUUCUCGCACUGAUCGGAUUUGUGAGAAUGAAUGCGGGAGAUGAAGACAUAAUUCACAAUCCAAUACCCAAGAGCGACUUUCAUAAAUUCACGAUUCUAGGGUUACUGUUUUCCAGCAUCGGUGAUGCUUGUCUCAUUGCAAGGGAAACCAUGUUCAUUCCCGGAAUGUUGUUCUUCUCCAUUGCGCAGGCGUGGUAUAUGUAUGCGCUUGGUCCUGGGAACAAAGGUAGUAGGUUAGAAUCCAUCUUCUACCUGGGAGGAACCGGUACAUUCCUGUUCUUGGAGUGCAGCAUAGAUGGCAUUUUUAUGAAAUUUUUGGUGCUCAUCUACACCGGCCUGAUUUUCACGGUGGGGUGGCGUGCAGCUUCUCGAUUUGAGCGGGAACAGUCGUACCCCGCUUUCCUCGGGUUUGCUGGGAUACUCUUGUUCACAUUCUCCGAUUUCCUGAUCGCGAUCAACAAAUGGAAGUUCUACAUCCCGUUCACGGAGUUUCUAGUUAUGAUCACAUACUAUGGUGGCCAGCUUGGAAUUGCGCUAGGAACAUUGAAACACUAAAAGCGUAUAUCAAAACAAAUUUUCUUUGUUUAUUGCUUGACGUUCAUAUUUCAAUGACAAUUUCAUUAAAAUUAUUCAAGUUCUUCAUUUCAUGUGAUGAUUUUAAGAAAUGUUGCCAUUAUUAUGCAAUUUAUUUACUUUCAUUUGCUAUGAAAAGUUUAUAUGCGUGUUUGCUCAACAGAACAAGUUGUUAAUUUUGUGGAUAAGUACCAACACUAUGCCGUUAAGAAUUUGUCUAUGUACACUGCUUUCAAUAAAAAAAAUGCAAUUUUGCUUUCUUAAGAUUUUCUGUACAAUCUUUUAUUACAAAGAUACUAAUAAAGCACAAACAUUUAUAA